CUCCAGGACAUCAUCAUGGCAGGCCGCGUUGGACCGGGGCAAUUGGCGGCGCUACAGAAGGACACGGCACACAUCCGCAACAUCUGCAUCAUUGCCCAUGUAGAUCACGGGAAGACGACGCUCAGUGACAGUUUGGUCUCGUCGAAUGGCAUCAUUUCCGACAAGCUGGCAGGAAAGGUACGGUUCCUGGACAACACGGAAGAAGAGCAAACACGGGGCAUCACGAUGAAAUCCAGUGCGAUUUCGCUGAUGUACGAAGGGCCGUUGACGCCGUCCGAGCGAAAAGACCGCGGCCUGGACUCGACCAACGACGACGUGACUGUCCCGUACUUGAUCAACUUGGUGGAUUCCCCCGGUCACGUCGACUUUUCCUUUGACGUGUCCACGGCCGUUCGAUUGUGCGACGGUGCCCUUGUCCUGAUCGACGUGAUCGAAGGCGUGUGCGCGCAAACCCACGCCGUGCUGCGGCAGGCAUGGCAAGAAGGCAUUCGGCCGUGCCUGGUGCUCAACAAAAUCGAUCGGUUGAUCCACGAGCUGCAGUUCACCCCCGUGGAAGCGUACCAGCACAUUUGCCGCAUCGUCGAGCAGGCAAACGUGAUCAUCAGCUCGAUGAUUCGAUCCGACAAGCUGGACGAAGAGCAAGAGAUCGACGUGUCUCUCUUGGACGACGACGACGACCAGACCAUUGAGACGUUGGAGCGGCAGUGGAUGUUUUCCCCAGCGUAUGGCAACGUGCUUUUCGGCAGUGCGUACGAUGGCUGGGCGUUUAGCAUCGGGUACUUUGCCGCAUAUUAUAGCAAGAAGUUCGACACCCCCCAAGCCCAGUGGCGGCAAGGUCUAUGGGGCGACCACUACUUUCACGCCAAGACCAAGGUCAUUCGCAGUACGCCGUGGACGUCGUCCAGCGUCCCCAUGUUCAUCUCAUUCAUCUUGGAACCGCUGUGGUCCGUGUACAAAACAAUGAUGGAGCCCCUCCCGCCUCCGACUCAACUCGCUACUGACGGCACAUAUUUGGAAAAACUUCGGCAGCUGACCAAGUCGCUACGCGUGGCCAAACUCGUCAACGACCGCGAGUUGCUCCAGCGAGAUCGAAAGCUCGCACUGCAAGCAGUCAUGCGCAAAUGGCUGCCAUUGGCUCCGUCCGUGCUCAAGAUGGUUUCUCGCGUGCUGCCGUCGCCGAUCGCGGCUCAAAAGACAAGAGCCGACCGCCUCUGUGUCCCCGACGCCGCCGACGCCGACCAAGUCGCUACCUUCCAUUCGAUUCAAGCCUGCAAUGCCAACGGACCAGUGGUCGUGUACAUUUGCAAAAUGGUGUCCACGGAAGCGUCCAACUUGUCGGAUUAUGCGACCAAUGCGUCGUUGCGAGCCAUGUAUCCGUUGAAAAAUGACACGAACCGAGGGGCUGAAGUGUACGUGGCAGUGGGACGGGUGUUUUCAGGCACGUUGAAGGCCCAUGACCUGCUCUACCUUCUCGGACCCAAGUACAACGGCAGCGAAGGCGUGUCCAGCAGCCACGUCACGGAGAUCCCCCCCACGAGUCUGCAGCUGUACAUGGUCAUGGGGGCGGACUUUGUGCUUGUGAACGAAGUGCCGCCUGGAAACAUCGUCGGGAUCGUGGGUUUGCACGAGCAUGUGCUCAAGACGGCGACGCUGGCCAGCACCGUCGCGUGCCCUUCGUUGGCCAAGAUGCCGUACCAAGCGAAACCGAUUGUGCGGGUGGCGGUGGAACCGGAAGACCCGAGGCACUUUGCAGAGCUUGAAGCUGGGUUGCAGCGAUUGUAUCGAUCUGACCCCACCGUCGAAGUGCAUGUUCAGGAAACCGGCGAGCAUGUGAUCGUGGCGCUGGGCGAACUGCACUUGGAACGAUGUGUCAAGGACUUGACCGAACGGUUUGCCAAAGUGCCGCUGCGCGUGUCCGAGCCCCUCGUGGGUUUCCGCGAAACCAUCGCCAACGGAGACGCCAACUACGACAAGCUCGCGAUCUUCAACUUUAAGCACCUCCACAUGUCCGACAUGACCACUGGGCGGACGACCGACGGCAAGUUCAAGACGGUCGUGUGCCCCACGCCCGACUGCCAAGUCACGCUGCACCUCCGCGCGAUGCCGCUGCCGCCAUCCGUCGUGGCCUUCCUCGAAAACCAUGCCGACACGUGGCGCGCGCUGCAAGACGACAGCGACGACAGUGUCGACGUCACUAGCGUCAAAGACGAGUUGACUGCCGUGCUACAAGGAUGUUCCGAUGAAUACUGGCGAUCGCUGCCCCUGGAUGCGUUGUGGAGCUGCGGACCUCGCCGUGUUGGACCCAAUGUGCUUGUGAAUCGAGUGCCAGACUACGCGUCGGCAUCGACCAUCUUCCAAGCCAACACUGGCAACCCCGACAGCGACCCCCGCGCCAAGUUUGAGUCGAGCUUGAUCACGGGGUUCCAACUGGCGACGACGAGCGGCCCCCUCUGCGACGAGCCCGUGUGGGGCGUGGCAUUUGUGAUCGAAGACAUGGUGCUGACCCCGACGGAAGAUGCCGCCGCCAUCUACGGUCCGUUGAGUGGCCAAGUGAUUUCGACCAUGAAGAGCGGCUGCCGCAAUGCGUUUAUCCAACAACCGGUGCGGCUGGUUGAAGCCAUGUACUUGUGUACCGUGCAGUGUCAUGCCGAGCAUUUGGGCAAGCUGUACAGUGUGUUUGCCAAACGGCGGGCCAAAGUCCUGUCGGAAGAAUUGACCGACGGGAGCGCAUUGUUUCGCAUCGAAGCGCAUUUGCCCGUGGUCGAAAGCUUUGGGUUCGCCACCGAGUUGCUCAAGAACACGAGCGGCAACGCGAGCAACCCGCAGCUGAUCUUUGACCACUGGACCACCAUGGACGAAGACCCGUUCUUUCAGCCCCACACCGAUGAGGAGCGCGAGGAUUUUGGCGAGCGCAUCGACGAGCACAACGCCGUGCGCCGGCUCAUUGAGAUGGUGCGCAAACGAAAAGGCCUCGCGAGAGAAGAAAAGGUCGUCGUACAUGCCGAGAAACAGCGCACCCUCGGGCGCAACAAGUAGAAACGUUGUGAUUUGCAACAUUAUUCGAGUGAUUUGGCGAAUCAAUAUUGAGAGGUCUGAUUGGCUAACUAUGCUUGUCAAGUAUUGUGUAAGAGCCAAUCAAAUCGACUACUCAA